AGAUUCGAGACUUGGAGUAAAGCAGAGAGCAGAAGAUGAAGGUGGGUUUCGUGUUUCAUGGGACCUGGAACUCGUCACAGUAACAAACUGUAUUACAGACACCUCCACGCGUCAAGGCCCUAAUGGAUAACGUUAUCGGCCAUCACUAGGUCCAGGAGGUUAAGGGCCGCCCACGUGUCGGCGGGAACCCAGUUCGUAUUUGUGUCGCUCUUCGGUUCCGGACAGUUAAUAAAGGAGGAGACGAAAGCCUCACCAAUCUGACCAACGUACCCUUCACAAAAGCAAAAGCCAUGGAUUCCAAGAAGCUAGAGCAGUUUUUCUCACCCAGAAGAAAAGUGGUUUCUGGGUUUAGUUUCGGAAUUGGAGCCUCUCUGUUUGUAAUCGCCGUACUGUUUGUCUCUUACUCCUUAAAGAGUCCUACUGUGGACCAAGGUUUCUAUACUGUAAAUUCCUCUUUUGUUUCUUGGCCUUUCUCGUUUUCAAGCACUGCAAAUGCUGUUACUUCAGAAAUGCAGGACUCUGUGGACUUGAACAAGACCCAAUUGGGGAAUUUCACAGAGGAAGUUAAAGAUGGAAGCUCUGGGGUUGAAGGAGGAAGGGUGGAGCAUAAAGAUGGUGAGUUUGGUUCAAAUGAGGGAGGGGGUGUUUUGGGGAUUUUCCAUUUGGGGAAUUCCUCUGAGAUUUUGAAUAAUGGAAGCUUGCAUGUUGAAGGUGGAGGUGGGAAAGAGACAGUUUUGGAGAAGACCCAGAUGGGGAAUUUUACAGAGGCAGUUAAAGAUGGAAGCUUUGUGGUUGAGGAAGGAAGAGUUCAACAGAAAGAUAAUAACUCAGAUUCAAGAAACUCCUCUGAGAUUUUGAAAUUUGAGAGCUUGCAUGGUGAAGGUGGGAAGGGAAUUGGGAAUUUAAGCCUUUCUAAGAAAGAAGAUGUGCAUGAAGAGAAAACAGUUGAAGGUAGUUUUUCAAAGAAUUCUAGUAAUGGGGAUGGUAAGGUAACAGAAGAUCAUCAAGGAAAUUCAACACAGAAAAAUGAAAUCAUUGAGCUUGAUUCUCAAACUUGGGAAAUGCCUAGUGACUCUGAUAAAAAAUGUGAUAUUUUUGAUGGUAAAUGGGUGAGAGAUGAUUCAAAGCCGUACUAUCCUGGAGGUUCUUGUCCACACGUUGAUAAGGUUUGGAAUUGCCACUCCAAUCGAAGGCCAGACAGUGCUUUCCUAAAAUGGAAAUGGCAGCCAAAUGGGUGUGAUAUCCCAAGUUUGAAUGCAACUGAUUUUCUGGAGAGGUUGAGAGGAAAGAGGUUGGUUUUUGUGGGGGAUUCACUGAAUAGGAACAUGUGGGAGUCUCUUGUGUGCAUUCUCCGUCACAGCGUUCCGCACAAGAAAAAGGUAUAUGAGAUUUCGGGAAAGAAGGAAUUUAAGAAGAAGGGGAUAUAUGCAUUCAGAUUUGAGGAGUACAAUUGUUCUCUGGAUUUUGUGGUUGCUCCAUUCCUUGUUAGGGAGUCAACAUUCACAGGCAAAAACGGUUCGUUUGAGACAUUGAGGUUGGAUUUGAUGGACCGGACUACAACAACGUAUCGUGAUGCUGAUGUUAUAGUUUUUAAUACUGGUCAUUGGUGGACUCAUGAGAAAACUUCUAGAGGAGAAGACUACUACCAAGAAGGCAACUAUGUGCAUCCAAGGCUCAAGGCUCUUGAAGCAUACAAGAGAGCUCUCACCACUUGGGCGAGAUGGGUGGACAGAUACAUCAAUGCCAACAGGACUCGGGUUUUCUUCAGAGGAUAUUCAGUCACCCAUUUCAGUGGAGGGCAAUGGAACUCAGGUGGACAGUGCCACAAAGAAACAGAACCAAUCUUUAAUGAGACUUAUCUAACGCAUUACCCUUCGAAAAUGAGAGCUCUAGAGAGUGUACUUAAAGAAAUGAAAACUCCAGUGACAUAUCUUAACAUUAGUAGGCUUACGGAUUAUAGAAAAGACGGACACCCUUCCAUUUACAGAACGAUAUACAAGACAAAGGAAGAACAAAUUGCAGCUGAACAAUCUCAGGAUUGCAGUCAUUGGUGCUUGCCUGGGGUUCCGGAUACUUGGAAUGAAUUGUUAUACGCUUUGCUGCUGCAGACCGGAUGGGGAUCAGGGCAAAAAUGAAAGGAACUUUUCUCUUUUUUUAGGUAGCUUACAUGCUGAUUCAGAUGAUGUAUGUUGGUAUGUAGGGUGCUAGUUAUGCAGAAGUGAACACGUAUGUAAAUUUAUGGUUCCAAAGAUAUCAAAAAUACAUUGUCAUUCA